UUGGAGCUUAAUGCUUCCACUUUUAGUGGUUAGCAUAAGAAAGCAGUGCCAAUUUCUUAUCCAAAAUGAUAACCGAGGAUUUCAGAGUCGCCACUCAGCAGUACCAUCAUGGUUUAGACUUCGAAUUGGACAAAAAAGGCAGCGGAAUGCAAGAAAAGACCAAUGAAAUAUAGAGAAGACUAUUGUAGUUGACCCAAAAUCUUGAAGAAGACCAUUGUCAAGGUGGCGCAUGUUACAAUUGAAGGUGGUGCAUUACCUUGGGAUUUUGUGUUUGGUAGCCUCGACUUCAGAUGUUCACUAGUGAUAAUGUGUGUCACAUGAAGCACUUACCAUUGUUUUCUACCCUCUAUAAUCAAAUUGUGAGUAAUUUGUCAAUAUUUAAUUGCAUUUAUAGCUAGUAAUUUUGUACUUUUAUAAAACAGGAAAGAUUAGAAUCAAAGGAAACAGAUUUUGAGAGAGAUAGGAGACUGCGUUCAUGGGAUUGUUGGAUGUCUUUCUGUUCUUCUUGCUGCUUUCGGCACACAAUCACGGGUCACUAGAAGCAUGCCCAAACAUUGCACCACGGCGACGGUACUUGAGUGACAACUUACUAUCAGGAGGAAUUCCACCAGAAUUUGGGAAUAUUACCACCCUUGUCCUACUAGAUUUGUCAGAUAAUCAUCUCUCAGGUGUCAUUCCCCACGAGCUGGGUAGCCUUGUUAACAAUGAAUUUAGUGGUGAAUUGCCUAAAAGCUUUGCAGCACUUGAGAAGAUGGUCAAUCUAUUCAUUACUGGAAACAACUUCUCAGGCAAGAUACCAGAGUAUAUUGCUAAUAGGGAGAAUCUUACGGUUCUGUAUGCAGCUGACAUAGAGAACAAUGAAGGGAUGGAUUUUCCGUUUCCAAAUUUAUCUGGAAUGACAUCUUUGACAUGGCUCACAUUGAGGAAUUGUUCCAUAACUGGUCGAAUACCUGAAUUCAUUCUUCAAAUGAUAUCCCCAUAUUAUCUGGACCUGAGCUUCAACAAUUUUACAGGUGAAAUCCAAACUUCAGUCACAAUCAACGACUCAAGUACAUAUACAUUAGAGGAAAUAAGUUCAAUGGAUCAUUCCCCAGAUGACUCGCUGAUUCAAAAGUUGCGUGUCAUUUAGAAUCGCUUUAUUUACAUCACAUCAAGGAUUGAUCUAUUCUACCUUUGCUUUCAGCUACAUUAGAGGAAAUAAGUUCAAUGGAUCAUUCCCCAGAUGACUCGCUGAUUCAACAGUUGCAUGUGUAUGUCUUCGUAU